GGAAUAGGGGGCACUCUCAAGGAGGGUCCCGAGGUUUCUUCCUGGGCUUCAUGAGGGGUCUUGAAGAGUAAGGGGCAGUGAAGCUGUGAUGUUACUGCAGGAAGGGAGUAGGGUGGUACCCAGACGCGGAAGGGUUAAUGGGAGUUGUCCUUGAUGACUGGAGGGGUAGGGGCCCCACCUCCCACCAGAGGAAACCGGGGGUCUGCCGUUGGGAGUGAGGAGGCGGAGUUCAGAGGUGCAGCCUUCUGUAAAGAGACCUGAACUGGGCAUGCAGGGUCAGGCACCGCUGGGCAGAGGAUGAGAGAAAGCCAGGGGCAGUUGGGGACAGGGGCUCUUUCAGAAGAAGACGCCAGUGAGAGAGAGCGCCCUGACUGGUAGACAUCCACCCACGGGAGGAGCUGGACCCCAGCUGCCCCAGUGGGCAAGGACACUUGAAGAUCAAAUCUGUUCUGGCCUGGCAGUCUGUCCCCAUUCAGACAGGGGCCCCAGGCACCGUGACGUGGAUUCAAGCCACCUGUACCUCUCUUGGCUGCCCCCAGGGCUGCUAGGAUCCAGCAAUGCCUGUGAGAAAACCUCCUUCACCUUCCUCAGGCAGGAAUUGCCUGUGCGCCUGGCUAACAUCAUGAAAGAGAUCAACCUGCUUCCCGACCGGGUGCUCAGCACACCCUCCGUGCAGCUGGUGCAGAGCUGGUAUGUCCAGAGCCUCCUGGACAUCAUGGAGUUCCUGGACAAGGACCCCGAGGACCAUCGCACCCUGAACCAGUUCACGGACGCCCUGGUCACCAUCCGGAACCGGCACAAUGACGUGGUACCCACCAUGGCACAAGGUGUGCUUGAGUACAAGGACACUUACGGCGAUGACCCCGUCUCCAACCAGAACAUCCAGUACUUCCUGGACCGCUUCUACCUCAGCCGCAUCUCCAUCCGCAUGCUCAUCAACCAGCACACUCUCAUCUUUGACGGCAGCACCAACCCAGCCCACCCCAAACACAUCGGCAGCAUCGACCCCAACUGCAACGUCUCUGAGGUAAUCAAAGAUGCCUAUGACAUGGCUAAGCUCCUGUGUGACAAGUAUUACAUGGCCUCACCUGACCUGGAGAUCGAGGAGAUCAAUGUCUUGACUUUCUCUGCAGCAGCCAAUUCCAAACAGCCGAUUCACAUGGUCUACGUCCCCUCCCACCUCUACCACAUGCUCUUUGAGCUCUUCAAGAAUGCUAUGCGGGCGACUGUGGAAAGCCAUGAGUCCAGCCUCGUUCUCCCACCCAUCAAGGUCAUGGUGGCCUUGGGCGAGGAAGAUCUGUCCAUCAAGAUGAGUGACCGAGGUGGGGGCGUUCCCUUGAGGAAGAUCGAGCGACUCUUCAGCUAUAUGUACUCCACAGCGCCCACCCCUCAGCCUGGCACCGGGGGGACCCCGUUGGCUGGCUUUGGCUACGGGCUCCCCAUUUCCCGCCUCUACGCCAAGUAUUUCCAGGGAGACCUGCAGCUCUUCUCCAUGGAAGGCUUUGGGACCGACGCUGUCAUCUAUCUCAAGGCCCUGUCCACGGACUCAGUGGAGCGCCUGCCCGUCUACAACAAGUCAGCCUGGCGCCACUACCAGACCAUCCAGGAGGCCGGUGACUGGUGUGUGCCCAGCACCGAGCCCAAGAACACGUCCACGUACCGCGUCAGCUAAGGGCCGCGUGCAUCUGCGCCUGAGAGGACGGACCAGCCACCGUGGUGCCCCUCCCCAUCUUCCUGGGGUAGCAGGGGGUGGGUUCUCCAUGAUGACCAGGCUCUGUCUCUAUGGAAGUCACUGUGGUGAUAUCUUUCAUGGUCCCUAAGUGCCAGUCCAUCUCUGUGGAGACCCCUUGGUGGCCUCCCCAUCUCUGUGGGUGAUGCCUGAGGGUUGGGGAUAUCGCCACCCUGAUGGGGUAUCCCAGAGACAUUUUCCCAUGGCAGUCCUCCUCUCUGAGGUCAGGGCUGUCACUUUUCUGCCAGGGGUCCACACCCUCCGCAGCCCAGGCCUUCUAAGUGGAUGCCCUGUUGGCCUUACUCCCCCAGCCCACAAAGGAACCAUGGCCUUGGCCUGUUGAAGUGUUAGGAAGAGGCAGGGUGCCCUCCAGACCUGGGGACUGAGUGGGGAAAGGGGUUGCACCCGUGAGUGGGGAAUGAGGCUUAUCCUGCAGCCUCUCCCUCCACUUGGGGCUUUAAGGUCAAGGUUGGUGGGGGAGGGGUGGUUCUAACAGGGUCCACCCCUAAAGUGGAGGAACCUUGUGAGACCCAGAGGUUGCCACCCAGAAGCUGCUUGAGGCCCUGCAGCGGCCUUGGCAAUGUUUGUGCCAGUUCCCGAGCCCUCCCAGCAUGUCCUCACAUGCCCCUGCCCACCCACCCUCCACAAACCCAGUCCCACCUGAGCCCCAGCCCGCAGCCCCCACUGUGCCCAGACACGUGUGCUCAGGGUGGCUUUCGUCCUAGGACCUCUGUGUAUACAGCUAGUUUUAUAACCCUGAAUGCCCCCACCCUUCCCCUUAGCACACGGGGGUUAAAGCUGUGUGUUGUGUCCCUCCCAGUGGCUGUGGCAGUGACACCCACACCCCCAGUAAAGAAGAAACUGACUGAGA